AUGAACUUCGUUGGGUCAUGGCUCCUAGUCAUGAUAUCUAUAGCACUUGUGCAUUCUGUGAGAGUGGAUUCCAGUUUAUUUUUUAAAAAGAAAGGAUGCGAUCCACGAUGUACAGUAAACCAAUCUAACUUUACGGAUUUUUCAUCUGAAUGCCAAACGGUUUGCGCUGAUAUCUACAUUGAUGAGAAUUGUGAUCUCCCUGAGAAUCAGCUGACGUCACUUUUCAAAAAUAUGAAGCACCUUAUUGGAAGCCUGGUGGUGAAUGGUACUAAGUUGACAAGUGGAAAAUUUCUGGCAGGGUUGGAGACUAUUGUGACAGAUCACUACGAUAUAGUGUGGACCAAUAACCAAGAGAUGGUGGAGUUAGGGCUAUCCAACUUGAGCGUAAUAGACUGUAGACGGCUGGAGAUAUCCAAAAAUUCAAAAAUGGCAGAUUUAGGGUUGCUGAAUUUACAGACCGCCUUAUCUUCUUCCAACUUCGCUUUCUAUGUUUGGCUAGAAAUUUAUAAACUGUCUGAUAACUUUUGCAUGCCAUUCGACCAGAUGGAAGUAUUUUUAGCAAUUCAAAAUCUCAAUCUAGCGUAUGUCAAGGCAAAUUAUUGUCAGCCAAUUCCAACUCAGAGUGAUUCUGCUAGGAUUUAUGGUGAUCUGAUAAUCAAUGAUUCAAAUUUCGAAAGAAACAGUAUAAAAUAUGGAAAUGUGGAAGCAAUAUUCGGAAGCUUGGUUAUUAAUGGAACUGAUUUGGAGAAUCUAGAUUUUUUGAAAAGUCUGAAAUAUAUUGCACCGCUGGGAUCCACAGAUGAUGAAAUUGAAUCUCUUAUCAUUUGCAACAAUCCGAAUCUAAUCAAAAUCAUGCUGCCUAGUCUAAAGCGCAUCCGCACGGAAAAAUUCUUUGCAAUUCAAAUAUCUGGUAACAAUGAGGAGCUGAUGUACGACUCGAAAAGUUGCUACCAACUCCAGAACUCUCUUCACAAAAUAUAUCGAGCCAGUGUUAAUGGACACAGUUGUGAAGCCAUCGAGUACAAGGAGAAGAGGAUGAUCAAGGAGAGGAAAGCAGCGAUGGUUAAAGAUUUCAGUUUUAUUGUGAUAGGGAUGUCUUUGGUCGGGAUGGUUUUGUUGACUUGCAUUGUGUUUUGGCUGAAAAAAUAUCGUACUGUGCGGCCUGUUAAGUAA